AUGGGGUCUAUCUCGACUGCAGGAGAGGCUGUGGCCCGAAUCGCCCACCUGGCCUCCGACGUGAUCGUAUCGGUCGUCCCUUCCUUCACAACCGAGUCCGAGUUCUCUGAGCCUCUGCGGGGACUCCAGAAGCACAACGCGCCCAGCGUUGUUUGCAAGACACAACCAGAGAUCCUCACUGUCCGCCAAAAUGCCGACCCUCUGCUCUCCGUCUUCCAGCCCAUCCGCUCGGGCAAGCUCACGAGCGUCACCACAACCUCGUCCAUUCUCGUAAAGUCGAUACCGCACCUUUACAAGCUCGCACAAUAUCCCGUCGUCCUCCACGUAUCAGUGGCGCCUUUGGGCUUCCCUGACUUCUCCGACAUCACCUCGAUUAGACAGUCUGGAUUCGCCUUCAUCCAAUCCGAGACACUACAGGAGUUGCAAGAUCUUGCUCUCACUGCCCAUGCUUUGGCCAUCAAAUCGGGCAAGGGUGUCAUCCACUUCUUCGAUUCGGGCGCGACCGCUUUCAAGAAGACUGUUGAGGUAGAGGAUGCCGACCUGGUCCGAAGCGUCAUUGACCUGGACGCGGUGGCGGCAUACCAAAACACCAAGUCGGAGGAGACCACACUAUACGCCGACGAUGGCAGGAACCCGACACUGUCCUUCGCUCGGAGUCAGGCUGUCAAUGCCGCUCCAGCAGUAGCGCCUGUCAGCCUUCCCGAGCAUCCCAAGUCGCUUCCUGCAUCGGAGAGGAACAGCCAACGCGCCGAUUCUUCUUCUGGCUCGUCGCAGCGCGAUGCUAGCACGAGCGGUGCGUCAGUGUCAUCGGCAACCACAGUGGAGUCAUUGAUCUCCAAGCCCGUUUCCUCCGAGGAUAUCUACCGCUUCGCCACACAGAUUUGGGGAACCAUCCGUGAUGCCACUGGACGAAGCUACGAUGCCUUUGCUUUCUCCGGCACUGGUAACGAGGAGGCUGCCAUUUUCCUCUUUGGUGCCGACACUGCUGUCUGGGCUACCGAGUUGGACAGCGUGGAGGAGACCAAGGCAUACGCCAACACAGCCGUCAUCACAGCCAGGCUAUACCGUCCCUGGUUGGGUGCGUCCCUUGCCCCCUUGCUUCCCCGGUCGCUUAAGAGGAUUGCGGUGCUGGAGCAAGUUCGACGAAAGACUACCCGAUGGGGCCCUGUACUGCUCGACCUUCUGAUGUCGCUCAAGUCGACCGGUGGCGCCUCUCCUACGGUUGUCGGAUACCAACUUGGCUACAUCAACGAGGACACUGUGUCGCAAGCAAUGCGCGGCGUUUACCAGAACUUGAUGAGCGAGACGCCUGUACAAAACCUCGUCAUCGGCAACCUCGAUGGACCGGAGCCCCAGGCUAUCAAGGUCGAGCAACCAGGGUUAGAGAACGCCUACAUGAAGAUCCUGAACCAGGUCUUUGGUGAGAAGCUUCACAUUGCUAACCAGCUUGGUUCGCAGCACGCCGGUAUCUCCAACGAGAUCUCCUCCACGCCAGAGUACGGAUUCGGCUCGCUAGUAGCGCGCAAGGAACAUCGUCAGCGAUUCGUGGAUGAGGCUGCGGCUGCUUCCAAGGAGAACGCUUUCACCACCCAAGCGCCCAGAGAGUGGCUGUCCAAGUGGGCACUGAACGCCGAUGAUACCGACAAGGCUAACGACCUGGCCUCUGAGGUCAUCGCACGCUUGGGUACUGACGGCUCGCCCGCUGCCAGUCAGCUGUUGUCAUCAAAGAAGCUGUUCUAUAAGGAAUCACCAUGGCUGAUUGGCUCUGACGCCUGGGCGUACGACCUGGGUAACUCUGGUGUACACCACGUCCUUGCCUCUGGCGAAAAUGUCAACAUGCUCAUCGUCGACUCAACACCAUACUCAGAGCGCGCAGCCGCCGACGCUGCGAGGCGGAAGAAGGACAUUGGUCUGUACGCAAUGAACUUCGGCAACGCUUACGUAGCAUCGGUCGCUGUAUACAGCUCCUACACCCAGGUUCUUGAGGCUAUGAUCGAGGCUGACAAAUUCAACGGUCCGUCUGUCGUGCUUGCUUACCUGCCGUACGAGAAGGAAAACGACACGCCCCUGACUGUCUUGCAAGAGACCAAGAAGGCUGUUGACCUUGGUUACUGGCCAUUGUACCGAUGGGACCCACGCGCCGAGGAGAAGGGUGAAGAGAACUUCAAACUUGACUCGGAGCGAAUCAAGAAGGAGUUGGAAGAGUUCCUGUCUCGUGACAACUACAUGUCUCAGGUCAUGAAGAGACAUCCUGAGUUCUCAUCCAACAUCUCUGGAUCCUACGGAACCGAAGUCAGGCAACUGCAAAAGCGCAAGGCCAAGGAUGCUUACAGCAAGCUUCUUGAAGGACUCCAGGGUGACCCUAUGACCAUUCUCUUCGCUUCCGACAACGGUAACGCUGAGAACCUAGCCAAGCGUCUGGGGAAUCGCGGCAAGGCUCGUGGUCUCAAGACUAUGGUCAUGGCUAUGGACGACUUCCCACUCGAAGAUUUGCCUAACGAGCAGAACGUCAUCCUAAUGACUAGUGUAGCUGGACAAGGAGAGUUCCCUCAGAAUGGUCGCACGUUCUGGGAGACCGUCAAGGACUCUACGGAUCUGGAUCUUGCAACAGUCAACUUUGGUGUCUUCGGUCUCGGUGACAGUCACUAUUGGCCACGCAAGGAGGACAAGAUCUACUACAACAAGCCCGCAAAGGACCUACAUGCUCGUCUGCUCACUCUCGGUGCUAAACCUUUGGCCGAGUGUGGUCUUGGAGAUGACCAAGACCCAGACGCUUACCAGACUGCGUACUCUGAGUGGGAGCCAAAACUCUGGGAGAAGCUUGGUGUUGCCAACGUCGAGAAUCUGCCUGAGGAACCGGCGCCGCUGACCAACGAGGAUAUGAAGGCCGCUUCAAACUUCCUCCGAGGAACCAUUGAGGAGGGUUUGGCCGACACUAGCACUGGCGCCAUCUCUGCAAGCGAUCAACAGCUCACUAAGUUCCACGGAACCUACAUGCAAGAUGACCGUGACCUUCGCGACCAACGCAAGGCCCAGGGUCUCGAGCCAGCAUACUCCUUCAUGAUUCGCUGCCGACUACCUGGUGGUGUCUCGACGCCGAAGCAAUGGCUACAGAUGGACGAGAUCAGCACGAAGCUCGGUAACGAAACCAUGAAGCUCACCACUCGCCAAACCUUCCAAUUCCACGGCGUCGUGAAGGGUAAGCUCAAGCCGGCUAUGCAGGCUAUCAACAAAGCCUUGAUGACCACUAUCGCGGCUUGCGGUGAUGUCAACCGAAACGUCAUGUGCAGCUCUCUCCCAACUCAGUCGAAGUACCACGGCCAGGUUCAGAACAUUGCACAGAAGAUCAGCGAUCACCUUCUUCCUUCCACCACCGCCUACCACGAAAUUUGGCUAGAGGAUGAUGAGACAAAGGAGAAGCGCAAGAUCGCCGGUGAAGCCGUCCAGGACCACGAGCCACUCUAUGGCCCUCUCUACCUCCCGCGAAAGUUCAAGAUCACCAUUGCCAUUCCACCUCAUAACGACACCGAUGUUUACGCUCACGACAUCGGUCUCAUUGCCAUUAAGGGUGAGGACGACAACCUCGUAGGUUUCAAUCUACUUGCUGGUGGCGGUAUGGGUGUGACGCACAACAACAAGAAGACCUACCCGCGAACUGGAAGCAUGUUCGGCUACGUCGCAGCCGAUCAAGUACACCUUGCUUGCGAGAAGAUCAUGCUCGUUCAACGUGACCACGGUGACCGCAAGAACAGGAAGCACGCCCGUCUCAAGUACACCAUUGACGACAUGGGUAUCGAUGUUUUCAAGGGAAAGGUCGAAGAGCUCUGGGGACAGAAGUUCGACGAGCCCAGACCUUUCAAGUUCCAAAGCAACAUCGACACCUUUGGCUGGCAGAAGGACGAGACUGGUCUCAACCACUUCACUUUCUUCAUUGAAAACGGCCGCAUUGAAGACACUGCUGACUUCCCAAUGAAGACUGGCCUGAUCGAGGUGGCGAAGGUACACAAGGGCGAGUUCAGGUUGACUGGUAACCAGCACUUGAUCUUGGCCAACGUCGCCGACGAAGACCUGCCUGCUAUGAAGGAGCUACUCAAGAAGUGGAAGCUUGACAACACCAACUUCUCUGCAAUGAGGUUGUCCAGUUCUGCCUGUGUUGCCUUCCCCACUUGCGGUCUUGCUAUGGCCGAGUCUGAGCGCUACCUACCUGAGCUGAUCUCCAAGCUCGAGGGUACGCUCGAAGAAUCUGGGCUACGACAAGACAGCAUCGUCAUGCGCAUGACUGGUUGCCCCAACGGUUGCGCACGUCCAUGGCUUGCUGAGAUUGCUUUCGUCGGCAAGGCUUAUGGCGCAUACAACAUGUACCUUGGUGGUGGCUACCACGGUCAAAGGCUGAACAAGCUUUACAGGAGCUCGAUCAAGGAAGAAGAGAUCCUUGAGAUCCUGCAGCCUAUGAUCAAGCAGUACGCUAAGGAGAGGAACGAGGGUGAGCACUUCGGUGACUUCGUCAUCAGGAAGGGCUACAUCAACGAGACCACUCAUGGAACAAACUUCCACGACAACACUGCGGAAAUGGAGUCAGAUGGCGAGUAA